GGAGUCCCGUCCACCCACGUGCUUCAAAACGCGGAGACGGAGGCAGCAAAAACGCACUUUCUGCGGCUCCGAGCGCAGCAACAGGGGGCGUCCGACGCGUUGCCGAAGCGCAGGCGGUGGGUGCAGUCGGGGCCGCUGUAGGGAGGGAGGGAAGUGAGGAAAGGGAGGGCGAGAGGAGAAGGAGGGAUGGAGAUGGAUGAUAGAUGCUUGAGAAGCGCGUUCGCCGUUAUGCUCGGCCGCAGACAAACUUGCAUCCUCCCGUGACUUUCUUUCCCCUGCCGCUCCACCCAUGAAGCAGGACGCAGGGCGAAUGCGUGCCAGUGUUCCGGAGCGCGUCGUGAUCGCUUGUUUAUCCGUCUGAUAAAUGGUUUUGGAGCUCACCGCGCCCGCCAGUGCAGGCCCUGCGCUCCAGCGCUGCAUCCCGCACAUCCAGCGGGUUUUCCGGGUCAGAGUGAGCUGCAGCACUGCCGAGUCCAGCUGCGAGAGCCCCAACGCCGGCUCCUGUAUCAUCGUAAACAUCGAGGACGGCAAGGAAGAAGACUGCACUAAAGCUAAAGAGUACAUUGUGUCGCUGAUCAGUCCAUUGCAUAAGCACCGUGAGCGUUUGACUCUUUGGCUGCAGCGGCGACUGCAUGCCCUACGUGCAGCUAUUGAGUACGAGAGCUGUGCCGUGGUGCAGGUGAGGGACCAUGCACUGGAGCUUCAGGGAGGUCAUGCACAGGUAACAUCUGCAUGCGCCAUGCUGCAGCGCCUGAAGAUGGAGCAACGCGGCUGCCGAGAACCCCAGGCCUUGCCCGCUGCCACCGGCCAUGACUCUCCAGAAGAAGAGGAUGAGGAGGAUGAUGAAGAAGCCAGGGAAGAUGGGAGCAGUUCUGAGAGUGACGGUGAGGCGCGGUCACGGAGCAGGAGUUCUGGAGGCGUUGUCAGCACCGCGGGGUCAGAAGAAGGAUUGACCGGAAAGAGGCAGGACCCACUCACAGCAACCAAACCUCACCGGCAGCUGUGUCGCUCAUCCUGUUUGGACCGUCCCAGCUUCAGCCAGAGCAGCAUCUUACAGGAGUUGCGCACAGAUGACACCCAGAGAGCCCAAACGCCCUUGCGUCAAACCAGCGAUCGAGAUUACCAAACCAAAAUGGACUUUGCUCUGAAACUGGGCUACUCCGGAGAGCAGGUGGAGUCUGUGCUGAGUAAACUGGGGUGCAGCGCACUAAUCAAUGAUUUAUUGGCCGAACUGGUACGCUUAGGCAAUAAAGGAGAUCCAGAGAGUCAGACAGCAGCGGGCACUGCAGGUUUAACACCACGGGCGGUGGGUGCCAAAGAAACCGUCAGCCAUGAAACAUCGCUGGAGGAAGACGCAUCAGACACGUAUGAUAACCUCAGACCAAUUGUGAUUGAUGGAUCCAAUGUUGCCAUGAGCCAUGGAAACAAAGAUGUGUUCUCAUGCCUGGGCAUUCAGCUGGCUGUUGAUUGGUUCCUGGAGAAAGGCCACAAAGACAUCACAGUUUUCGUCCCAGCAUGGAGGAAAGAGCAGUCAAGACCUGAUGCGCCAAUCAAAGAUCAGGAGAUCCUACGGAAAUUAGAGAAGGAAAAGAUCCUCGUCUUCACGCCGUCUCGCAGAGUCCAAGGUCGACGAGUGGUUUGCUACGACGACCGUUUUAUCGUCAAGCUGGCCUGCGACUCAGACGGGAUCAUCGUGUCCAACGACAACUACCGAGACUUGCAGAAUGAGAAACCAGAGUGGAAGAAAUUUAUUGAGGAACGACUCCUCAUGUACAGCUUCGUCAACGACAAGUUUAUGCCUCCUGAUGAUCCUUUAGGCAGACAUGGACCUAGUCUUGAAAAUUUUCUCCGCAAACGACCAGUGGUUCCAGAGCACAAGAAGCAGCCGUGUCCUUAUGGUCAGUACAGCAAAAGUAAGAAGUGCACGUACGGCCAUAAAUGCAAGUACUACCACCCAGAAAGAGCCAACCAACCACAGCGGGCUGUUGCUGACGAGCUCAGAGCCUUUGCCAAACUCUCUGCUGUAAAAACAAUGAGUGAGGGGGCACUUGCCAAAUGUGGGACCUCUGGUUCUGCUAACAAGGGGGACAGUAGCUCCGAGGCAAAGCGAGUGGCACCCAAGCGCCAGUCUGACCCUAGUAUCCGGUCGGUUGCAUGUGAGCAAGAAGAGAGACUCUGUCCAGCGCGGAAGGCCGAGGCCAAUUCUGUACCGUCGUUAGUUUCGGCACUUAGUGUUCCAACUAUGCCACUGACGAAAAGUCACGCGGCAGGCGCCCUGAACACACGCUCUGCGAGCAGCCCUGUUCCAGGGUCUCUGCACUUUACCCACAGCUCGCUCGAGCAUGCGGGCAGCAUCCAAUAUCCCCCCAUCCUAGUCACCAAUAGUCAGGGUGCGUCCGUGGCUUAUGGUGAGCCGUUCCCCAAGUACGACUCUGUGGUAAGCGACCACGGCUACUAUUCCAUGCUCAGUGACUUCUCCACCAUCAGCCUCCAAGACAGUUUCUGCAGUCUUGAACAGCCAGAGCCUGUAGGGGUGGGUGGAGGAUAUCCUGGUAGAGCCAGCAUGUGCCCAGAACCCGGCCGAAGCCAUUCGUCAGACUCCUAUUCGUCCUACAGUGGAGAGAUGUACCUCAACUCAUUGGAGGGCAGCCUGGAUGACAGCAUGAAAGGGCCACCGUCGCAGACCCAGACUCAACCUUCGGCGCAAAUACGCCUUCAAGCCUUUGCACAUGGUUUCCACCAUGAGGCCUUGACACGUGUGCAGAGCUACGGAACAGAUGAACCCAAACCGGGACCUCGAAAGCAGUCCUCCGCCCACCUUGCACCACACUCCCAACACACGGUCGUCGGUGCCCGAUCCAGCUGCCCAGGAGACUACCCUCCUGUGUCCCAGAACAUGUUGCCUUCUGCCAGCCCUUCCCAGCAGGGUCGGUCCUUAGGCAUGACUCGAAUGGACAGCAUAUCUGACUCACGGCUCUACGAGAGCAAUCCACUGCGCCAGCGGAGACCUCCUCUUUGUCGAGAGCAGCAUGCCAGCUGGGACCCUUUGCCAUGUGGUAACGAGCCCUACAGUUACGGAAGCUACGGAUUAACGGGAGGCCUCAUGCCUUGCUGUGAAAGGGUGAUGGUCCGCAGCAUGCCCGAGAAGAUGGAGCAGAUUUGGAGGUCCCCGUGGGAUAGCGUGCCGCCUCCACCGCUCAGUGCUCGUGGGCCAGCGGAGGAACCCCAAGAGCGGCACCCUAUUCCAGAACACCAGUAUCAAACCUACCGAAACCUCUGUAACAUCUUCCCGGCAUAUGUGGUCCAUUUGGUCAUGGAGGAGAAUCCUCACAUGACCGAUCCCCAGCAGUUGGCUGCCGUCAUCGUCACUAAACUGCGCACUUGCCACUAAGCACAUCACGAAAGGCUAAUAACAGCACCUAGUGAAUCAGAAAACGGGGCACCUUGAGAAUUUCAUAUUUUUGUUUUGCUCUGAAGAAACAGACAGCCCUUGUGUGUAAUUAUGAUUGGAUCCAUUAGGUGGUUAGCUAUCAUGAUAGCAUUGAUGCUGCAUUGGUUGUUAUGUAAUCUGUUAAGUCAUAUGGGAGCCUGGAUCUUGUACUUGAGAAGUUUAGCAUAGAAACCCGAGAUCCCUCGUAAAAAAGUCCACUGUUCAGCUCUUGAGAUGGGCCAAAAGGUUGUUCAUAAAACCGACUCAAAAGUGUAUCCACAUUGAGCGAACAACUGCCUGCCAGUUUGAUGGCAUAUCUUGAGAAUGUCUUCUUUCGUUGGUGAUGAUAACAUUUAUCCUUUGAAAAAGAGUUACAUGAGAGAAAUCUCUUUGGUAAAACUGAUCAGAAAUGAUCCUGCACAAUAUGAAUAGUAUUGUGUAUGUAUAUGUGUAUUCACUUGCAUUUGCGGGUAAUUAUGACGUGACACCGUGAUGUGGUUUUUUUGUGGUGUGCGUGAUGACUUGAUGUGUGAUUUCAGAAAGAGUAAUGAACGCUUGCGUACCUCAAAGCAUGACCUUUGAACUUUUAUGGCCUUACAUUGGAGUGACCUCACCACACCUUAAUUUGAAUAGUAUCUAAUAGCUGAUGAGGUAACUGUUUUGCAUUUAUUUUAUAAAAGCGAGCACUGGGACAGAAAGGUUAAGAUUCUGCCAUGCUGCGGUUCAGACUUUUUAACUGGCUGGGCUGUAACUUCAUUCCUGCCCUGCGACGUCUGUUCACACGCACAUACGGAUGCGUAUUUACGAAGCCAUUUUCAAAGAUUGAACCAAAAAGAUAAUCUGUAUUCGUUUUUCUGAUCUGAAAGCACUAGGUAUGUCUAGUUGGAGAAGUUAUUUUUAAUUAUUUCCUAAAUGUUGUUGUUGCAUAUUAGAUUUCAAGAGAGAUGUUUGAGUAAGCACGGGCUUCAGUGAAUCUCUCCCAGACAGCAUGUAGGCACUAUGCUCAACAGAGAGCGUCGCUCACAUUUGGCUAGUUAGUCAAUCGCUACGUUCAAGUAUUCACAAACUGGGGAGGAGAAUGCGUCUCUUCGGCAAAAUGCUCCUGUGCAGCAUCUGUUUCCUGAUUGAUGCCGAGAGACCGCCCCGCUCCAUCUGCUCCGCCCUGUAAAUUAACAUAUCUUCAGUAGAGCGUGAAUGUUAUUGGUCCAGAGAUGCUCUGGGUGUUUUCAAAAAGACUUAAAUUGCUCCUUCAUUUUUUUUUUCAUGAGCAUAGAUGUGGCCCUGUGGGGCCCCAUUACUGCUCGUGGGAAGGAGUGACACACUGCCUACGUGUCUCUUUCUGUGCAACACACACACGGAACACCAGGCUGUUGUUGGGUUGUUUCUGACAUUUGGCUGACAGUUCGCUUGCUGCCUCUCUACCGCCCCCGACCUUACUUCGACGUGGACACAAAACCCAACCUUUCAGCUCUCUAUUAUGAACACAGAUGGUUCUCCUUCCUAUUAGUUUUGUUUGUCAACAGGGUUCUUCCAGGAGGCUAUGAAUAAUUGUUUUCUUUUUACAAUUGUGUUAGAGUUUUUUUUUUUAAUAAUAAUAUACACAUUUUAGGCCAAAAACAUGUUAAUGCAAGUACAUAACUGUAGUCACUAAUGCUUGAUCGGUAAAAUCAUGACAAAUUUUGGCUUACGUAAACAAUUAUUUUUAAUUUGUUUUUGGCUAACAGCACCACAGGAAUGUUCACAUUCGUAAAUCCUUCUUUAGUUUCAUCUUCAGUGAUGGUAAAAUAGUAAAUUUCACGCUUUUACGAGCUUUUAGAAAAUCUGGAACUGUCAAGAAUCUACUAUAAAAACUAUAUAUUUUUUAACUUUCUUUUUUUAUUUUUUAUUUUUUAUUUAAUGCACUAAUAAUUGUGCAUUUAGUACUUCCUGCUAUAAUACCGGUUGUGGCAGAUUUACAGUUCUGUAAUGUUAUGAAUUGUGACUCAUUUUGCAAUGCAGUGAUAUGAAAUCCUGAUAGAAGUGUCAAGGUGUGGUCACAUUUAAUGCUGUUUGGCUAAUUGAUUGUGGGUGAAAUGCAGUCAUUUUAAUAGGAAUCCAAAGGAUUGGGAAUUUAUGCAAGGCAAUAAACUUCCCCAUACAAAUGUUGCAGUGAGUUCAGGAAGUUGCUCACACACAUUGACAGUGGACAGUUUUGCCCACAAACUUUCACUAAAGUGACCACACUUUUAGCAUCAUUGAUGUACUCAAGCAAUGUAUGUUUGAAGCCUAAAUGUGUAGUUUUGUUUGUGAUGGAAGUGUUUUUACAGCUGGGUUUCUCCUUUCCCCCUUCUCCUCUGAACCUAGGAGCAAACAAUCCUGAAGGAGGUGUUUCUAGAGCAAUCUUGAAACGAAUUUCUUGUAAAUUAUGACAUUGCUGUCCGCUGCUUAUGCUCCGAGGUUCAGACCCCUGUGCAGUCUAGCAGCAAGCUACCACAUGACAAAUGUCCAGAAAUGACCUUUUGCUUGUUGAUACAAAUUGUAUCUAUUUCUUGAUUGUAAAAAAAUAUAUAUAUUUCUGAGCUGUACAGUAUCACUUAUAUGAGUAUAUAUAUAUCUAUAUAUAUUAAAAAAAGCUUAGUUUUGUUUUAAAAAAAAAAAGAUAAAGAAAUAUAA